UGUAGUAUUGGGGUGGCUGCUCACACGUGCCGCUUCCUGUCGUCUUUGUCCUUCUCCACAGCUCCACAGUCUUGUCUGCUCUUCCUCACCAUCAUCAUCUCGCCGUUUCUGCUUUUCCUCGCGGGAGGAGUCUCGGUGUUUUCAGCGAGGAACAAUGACGGGAUUCCCGUCUUCCCACCUGGACGAGGAUGUUGUUGCUGCGGCUGCUGCUGCCGAUGAUGAUGGGAUCAUGGUGCAUCUUUUCACCGUUUGCGUCCCUGAACUGGUUUCCUUUGGAUGAUGCGCAGAGGGGCUCUCGGUUAUGUUGCAGCCUAAUUUAGACAAACCCCAUCCCAACAGGAGAUCCAUGCCCGGGUGUUUGUGUCUUCAUCACCAUGUCCCCAGCAUCGGCUGCAGCGGACGGUGAAAGCACCACCGCCGCCGCUGCCGCUGCCGCCACCGAGACCACCACCACCACCACCACCGUGCCCGAAGAGGAGUCGGACAGUCCCCGUGACGAGCAGCGACCACAGAAACAGUCCCUGUCUAAGUCCUUGUGUCAGGAAAGCCACUGGAAAUGCCUGGUUCUGUCCCUCCUGAUGUACGGCUGCAUCGGGGUGAUGGCCUGGUGCCAGGUGACCAAAGUCACGCGCCUCUCUUUCGACAGCGCUUAUAAGGGAAAGUCUAUGAUGUACCAUGACAGUCCCUGCUCCAACGGCUACAUCUACAUCCCUCUGGCCUUCCUGGUCAUGCUCUAUGUGGUCCACCUGGUGGAGUGCUGGCACUGCUACACCAAGAACGUGCUGCAGUACAAGGUGGAUGUGGAGACUGUGGUCGAGCGCGUCCAACGAAUGCAGCAGGCCACGCCCUGCAUCUGGUGGAAGGCCAUCAGCUACCACUAUGUCAGGAGAACACGGCAAGUGACACGAUACCGUAACGGAGAUGCCUACACCACCACGCAGGUGUACCACGAGCGAGUCAACACUCACGUGGCAGAGGCGGAGUUUGAUUAUGGGAACUGUGGGGUUAAGGACAUCUCAAAGCAACUGCUGGGUCUGGAGAGCUUCCCGAUCACCAGGCUGAGGUUCACAAAGUGCUUUAGCUUUGCCAGCGUUGAGUCAGAGAAUACCUAUUUGACCCAGCGGGCCAGAUUCUUCACAGAGAAUGAGGGUCUGGAUGACUACAUGGAGGCCCGUGAGGGCAUGCAUCUGAAGAAUGUAGACUUUAAAGAGUAUAUGAUUGCCUUUUCUGACCCCAAUCAGCUUCCCUGGUACACAUCGAACUCCACUUUUUGGGUGGCAGCUGCUUUCACCCUCUCUUGGCCUCUGCGGGUGCUGAUGGAGUAUCGUACCGCCUGUGUUCACUACCAUGUAGAGAAGCUGUUUGGCUUUGACUUUGUGCCAGUAACACCAUCUGAGGAGCGGCCGUAUUGCCGUCACAUCCCAAGAGUCAACACAAUCGACAGCACAGAACUCGAGUGGCACAUCCGCUCCAAUCAGCAGCUGGUGCCCAGCUACUCAGAGGCAGUUCUCAUGGACCUGGCUCAGCUCUCUGGGAGCUGCAACAGCUACUCCGUAGGUGGAGGCUACAGGCAGAACUGUGAACGCUGUCACCGUGCCAUCAGCAGCUCCUCCAUCUUCUCUCGCAGCGCCCUCAGUAUCUGCAACACCACGAGCCCUCGCAUCCCCUUCAGCGCCAGCCGCUUCUCACUGGGCCGCUUGUAUGGCUCCAGGCGCAGCUUCCCGUGGAGGAGUAGCGGGAGUCUGAAUGAACGGUCCUGCCCCACAGAGAGCACUCACUGUCUGUCAGAUCAGCAGACCACUGAGGAGAACCCUCCAAAUUAUCAGGACGCUUCGUACUUUCCUGUGCUCAUUGUGCAUCGCAACGAAGGCUGCCUCAACCAUGACCACCACUCCCUACACAGAAACGGCUCCUGUGUAGAGACUUCACUAUGACCCAUAUCUGCCACACAGAGAAAGACCUCAUUCAGACCUGGUAUUAACAUUUGUCCCGAGUCAUCCGAUCACUGAGUGCAGACUGUGCAGGUACAGGUCUAAAUCUUCCCAAUCCGUACUGAGUGUGUCCUCAGAUUGGAUCCCAGAAAACACAGUCGGAGGAGGUUUGAGGAUGCAUGUGUCCACUAGGAGCGGGGGAUAUGGGCUGCCUCCUCGCGUUUCUUCUGGCUUUCGUCGCAGGGUCCGGUGUAGGGUCAUGUUUGAGGUGGGGAGAAAAUUUGUUGUACUACGAUGCUUAAUAAUUGUUGUUUUAUUUAUUACAAAUCUUGCAAAUUGCACGUUUGCCCCACGUCAGACUUUCUGAAGCCAAACCAUUUCCACACAAUUAAAGUGGAGCCUCGAAACAAGCUCCUCAACACCGCCUUCCACCACAUUUGUUAUCGUUCUACACAUGAACAACCCGCACGCUCGGCUGCGAGUGCGUCGCAUACGUAAAUACGACUCAACACAAGGCAUUUAUCGCAAUUAUUUUUACCCCGAUAUAUUGUGAACGAUAACACACACAUUCAUUUUUUGUAAAGCUAAAACAUACAACAGCAAAAGCUGAGCUUUUUUUUACUUUUCGCCAGAUCUGAUCAUAUGUGACCACAGGAGACACAUCCAGGACGCAUUUUAAUGCCAGGUGUGAACAGUUCUACAUAAGACUAUUUGCGUGCAGUUGAACCACUGAGCAGUGAUGUUAACAGGCUUGAACGGGGUCUAAGAAACCUGAGUUAAGAUAAUAAAGACUUCUGCUUCUACCUUCUACAUCAAGUUGUCAUCUACAAGCUAUGAAAAACGGAUUUGGUCAAGUUCCUGGAUGGCCUUGAUGAGACUGUUGUCCAAAAAUAAAAUGUGGCUUUAAAAAGACCACAAUGCCAAAGUGUCACGACCUCGAUCAACCUUACGGCGUCCAUAACCAACGAGGACCAAGUCAAGUCACAUCCUACUGUAAAUGCCACAUUUGUAGAUCUUAGUCACAGACAUUGUGCAAAGGACAUGAGUAACAGUUUCUCGCAUUUGGAGCCUAAAAUAGAUUUUGACUCAAUUGGCAAGACAUGACGGGGGAUAUGAAACUCAGUGAGCGAGAGAUGAAUUAUUGAUAAAUGAAUUGACACAUAAUGUGUGAAUGGGGUGAAACACGAGGGGAAAACAUAUCACCUCGCUCAGUUUAAUUAAAAAGCUGUUGUAGUUCUGCUAAAAAAAAUCUCACAGCAUUUAUAAAAUGAACUGAAAUUGUGCCCAAGUAUAAAAUACAAACAUCUGCAAUUUCCUAAUUCAACGUCAGCGCUCAUGGAAACUCACUGGGGAGGAAAAAAGGGGUUAAAGUUUCCACAGUACAAAAAUAAAUGUCUGGUACAGAUGCUGAAAUAUCCCGAUAGCUCAAAUCAGCUCGGUGGCAAUGACAUUAUACUUCUCCGCUUGCUAAAUAUAGAAACACAGUCGAUGAAUAAUUUAGCACAGGAAAAGCUAAAGGACACGACAACUCCAAACUGACACUGUUUGUCAAUCACUUUAUACUGUACAUUUUGUAAAAUGGCCAACUGUAUCUUACCACAUAAUAUUGACCCCUCCGUGUCACCUCAGCUAUUUCUCACUCUCAAACGUCCAUUUUAAUUUCAUAUUUGGCAAUAUUUUUUAUUCAGCCUACCUCUUUAUUUAAGUGCCUAGCGAGCAACUGUUAACCGACAAGCAUUUGCUACCAUCACCUGGUAAUUUCAUCUCAACAUUUGUCCCUUUAAAGAAGUGAGUCCUACAUGAGAAGAAUCAUGUAUCAUAUGGUCUACUUCUUGUUGUUAGAUAUAAAAGGUCAGACCGUCCCGUUUUGCAGAUGAAUUACUUCAUAAUGUAAAACAGGUUUUAUACAUGGAGCUCUGUGUUGCUGCUGCUGCUGCUGAUGCAUAUCAGUGAGACAACCAGAGAGCUGGCCAUCAAAGACGCUACAAAUAGGCACAGAGGCCUGGAUUCACUACUGAUAGUGUCACAUUUAAUAUGACAGGCUUACUUUAAAAAAAGAAAAAAAAGAAAAGAAAAUUCAACUGAGUGCAUACACUCAGUCCUGGUGAAUUUAGUUUGAAACAUUGGCUAAAAGCCCAUCAGCUGCACAUGACUCUCUUUGUGUUUCUCAGUAUCGCAGUGUUAAGACUACGAGGAAGUGAUUUGUCAAAACAGACGGCAGAGGCAACAGCAACAUUGAGCAAGUAAAGUGCAACGGCUGAAAAAGUUGGACAUAUGACUGAAAACACUAAUACAGUUCUAGCACUACUCGGAUCUACUCGGAUUGGUAUCGGGCACGUCGUUUUCCAUUACACCUCCUCAGCGUGGGCCUAGCAGUUGUUUUCGUUGUACUGAAUCAUUAGAAUCAGUUAAUUCAAAAGAUAAAUUCAGUACUUCCCACAUGACCAGAGCACACAACAUAUGGCUGAGCAGGUUGUGAUUCGGCUCACGAUCGCCAGGCCUUCGGCAGUGCUGUCGCUAAAAUACACUAGACUUGGUAGGAGUGCGUCCCAUUUCCUGCGCCCAGAUUUGAACCGCCACCUAAUGGUAAAGAUGGAUACUACAGGACCCUGACGUGGGAGUAUACCAGGGUCUGCGAUUUGCGGAAGUAUACCACGGGCUUUAUGGAAAAGCCAAAAAAAAACCUGAGCCGUGCUAGAACUAUAUGAUAGAAAAGCGCCAUAAGAAAGAGGUGUUCAAAAAACCUGAAAAAAACCCUUGUCUUGCCCCUGUGCUGCCACUUUAUACACACAAAUUCUCCCUCAGUCAGGUCUUAUAGUAUCACUUGACAGAGGCUGUUCUGCAAUAAAUUACGCUGCAAACUCUAAGUAAGUGUCAUUGAAACAAUGACAAAAAUAAAAUAAUAAAUCUGACAUGCUAUGACUAUGGAGAGAGGGUUAAACUCCAAAAAAAAAACAACAAUUCAGUAAAUUAAAAUGCAUUGGCUGAAUCAUCAUCCUCUGUCACCAGGAUCAAUGAACAGUGAGGAUGUGCACCACCAGCACUUCCUCACUUCCCGUUUCAACCUCUCCAUGAUACCAGGCUUGUACUGUACAUUGUGGCCAAAUAGCCAUAUUCAUUACAUUCCAUGUGUGGUGUUAGGUUUCGGGGACUAUCUCUAUAGCAAUACUACAGAAUUCACUGGAAGCAGUCAAAAACAAUGAGAUGAUUAAAAAUAAAUAAAUAAAUAAAUAAUUAAAAGGAUUCUAUAAAAACCUGCCAUUUUCAUUCAACCAGUGACAGUUUGGAUUAAGCUGUUUGAACCUGUUUUCAUCUAUGCACGCUCCUACUGUACGACUCAGGAUCAUAUUCAGGACAAGGACUCUGCUUGUAACAAAUAUCCCAAAACGUGGUCAUAUCGCUUUCAUUUUCUCAGUUAUGCUGACACUUCAUUUUGCUUUUCAAAAGCUUUUAAUAAAGUUCUCAAUAACAGCAAACACAGGAUGCGAUAACUUAACUAAUAAUCAUAAAGAAGAUCUUGGAUGUACUUAUUAUAGACACUGGUUUCAUCAACUCUGUAAACACGAUGUAAAAUAAUGUACAAACCCAGUUUUAGGGGCCUUUUUUUAAUCAUUUAAUUAUAGACUAUUGCCAUUUCUUAUAUUUUGUAAAAAAAUUGGAUUUUAUUUAUGGAAAAUAAAGUUAGUCCAUAUGAGCACUUAAACCAAUUGCAUAUUAGGUAAAGCAAAUACAGAUUUAUGUAUGAGUGAAAUUCAGUAAAAAGCAAGUUAAAGGCAUUUUAAAGUAGUCGGUUGAAGCAAAUAAAUGCAUAAAGAGUAAACACGGCCAAAGUUGAACAUACAACUUAAAUCUUGUCUAACUCUUAAAAAGAAAACAAAUUAAAACAAUAAUUUUUAUUUUUACUAUGAGGUGAUAAACAGAAAACUAGUAUGAAAAUAUGUAUAAUCACACAAACAUGCUCUGGACAGAGAAUCAAGUCGAUCUUUUCCUGUAACACCGACAUUAUCACCAUGAAGAAGAGCAUGCAGACAACACAUAUGAGGAAAAAUGAUUUCUUUUUUACUGCAAGAGACGGAGACACAUCACAUUAUUCUCAUUCACAAUUAGCCAACAAGCCUCUCUGAUGGCUUCACUGUGAUAUUCAUCAAUAUUAGAAAUAAAAUAUGUUUACCGGUGCAAUGUUUACGCAACGAUACUGACAAAAUAUCAUUUAAAAAAAAUAAGAGAAAAAAAAGGUUAUACAUUUUCUCCAUAGGUGACUGUUAGCGUCAAGACUUUUGUCAAGCCAAGCACUUAAACCCUUUAUCAUGUAUCCCUUCACUCAACAACGCUGUAGGGCUUUGUCCUUUUAUAAUUAAAUGUUGUUUUUUUUAAACACUGUCGGGCAGAAAGGCUCUGUACUGUAAAUAAAAUAAUAGACAAUGACUGUCGGUGUUCGAUUUUAGACGAAUGUGUCGCACACACUGAAGUCACAAAAUGACAACGCAAUCCCUUUUUUAAAAAGAAAAUGCCACUGGCAGCACAGUGGCAUUUAUCCUUUCAAUGCAUUUUACAUUUUUGUGACACACUUAUUUAAUAAAUGAAUGAUUUGACUGAUUUAUAACGUGGUUGACACCCAUAUCCGCAGCUUCUUAAAGGAAGGUUGAAUGAUUGUAAACGGUAACAGACCCAUAACUACUGAUUUAAAAGACUAUCAGUAAUUUUAGUUUGAUGCUUGUUGAUCAUGAAAAGCUUAGUCUCUUCUUAUAACUUGUGAUUUUUCCAGAAUUAACUGGGGGGAAAAAUGACAUUAAGUUGUUACUCUAUUAAUAACCAGUAGAAUACUGUAGGUAAAAUAAAACAAUGCAGGUCAAUGUCUGUGAAGGUUCUCAGUCAUCCUCAGUAGUUAGCCUGGACUGUUACUGGACGUGCUUAAAGACAUUUCACCUCUAAACCAAGAGGCUUCUUCAGGUCUCCAGAACUGGAGUUACUGUAAGUCUUCACCUCAACUCAAGCAAGUCCAGUUACCUACAGCUAAAUACUGGAAAAGCAAGUCUAUAUGUGUUCCAACACCACAAUGUUGCCUUGAUGUUACAUAUGGACUGAAUACCAAAUCUGUGUAAAUGGAAACAAAACUCCUCAAUAAACUCAAAUGCUUACUAA